UGGUGUUUGUGGCGACCUCCCAGAGACUGUCGCGUUUCGAAGAGGGCGCUUGGUGUUGUGUGGAAGGGCUGGAGAAAGCGACGCUGCCAGGGGCGGGGGGGUUGAUUUCGUCCGUGGCAAACGCCUCUGUCCGAGGAGAAAAUGAGUUUAGCUCUGAGAAAUGAACUUGUAAUAGACAAAACAAAAAGGAAAAAAAGACGAGAGCUGUCUGAAGAACAGAAGCAAGAAAUAAAAGAUGCUUUUGAAUUAUUCGAUACAGACAAAGAUGAAGCAAUAGACUAUCAUGAGUUGAAGGUGGCAAUGAGAGCCUUGGGCUUUGAUGUGAAAAAAGCAGACGUAUUAAAGAUUCUAAAAGAUUAUGACCGAGAAUCCACAGGCAAAAUCACCUUUGAAGAUUUUAAUGAAGUUGUGACAGACUGGAUUUUGGACAGAGAUCCUCAGGAAGAAAUACUAAAAGCAUUUAAAUUAUUUGAUGAUGAUGAUUCAGGCAAAAUAAGCUUGAGAAACUUGCGACGGGUUGCUCGAGAAUUGGGUGAAAACAUGAGUGAUGAAGAACUUCGAGCCAUGAUAGAAGAAUUUGAUAAAGAUGGUGAUGGAGAAAUAAAUCAGGAGGAAUUCAUUGCUAUUAUGACUGGAGACAUUUAAAAGGAUUGGAAGAAAAAAGUGAACUUUAAAACAGAAUCAGUGGCUAUAUGUGUUGGAGUUAUCAUCUUGUAGUCUGUUUCAUACCUGGAGCCAUGCAAAAAACGCAAAACAAAACGCAAAACUUCAAUGUCAAGUUAGUUUUUCCAAAAGGACCAAAAUAAAUAAUCUCUUGUAAUGAAAUUUCAUUAUUUUAUAUAUCCUUAAGUUUCUUAGAUAACAAAAAUGUUAAGUUAUUAAAAUGUUUGAGUAUAAAACCAUUUGUAUUAUAAAUUUAUAUAGUUUUAAAAUUAAAUCAUGUUAUGGAAAUUUUUUUUGAAGUUGUUUAUUUUAGUUGUGACCUUAGUUUUAAAUGAAAAAAAUUUUCUAGACUUUCAUUUUAAUAAAAGAUUUAUUUUAUUAGUAUUUGUAACUUGUUUUGAUUUGUACUUAAGAUGCAGGUAUAGUUUUUUAAAAUUAUGUUUGAACUUGUAUUUAUGAUUAAAUUUUAGAUCUUUUUUGUUGAUGACUGGCUGUUAGCUUCUGGUACACUGCAGGGUCACCAUUAAAUAUUUUUUAACCAAAA